AUGGAAGGGGUGCAAUCUCAGAACAACGUUCUCGUAGUCUCGUCUCUCGCUCCGGUUGUCCAGCUCAUUCCUCCACCGCGUCAAGGGUUUUCCAAGGGAGAUUGGGCUGAAGUCAAAGAGACCAUUCGAGAGCUGUAUCUUGAUCAAGGGCACACACUCCUACAACUUGCCCAAUACCUUCAAGAGAACCAUGGGUUCAAGCCUACUAAGAAGCAGCUACUGUACCACAUCUCAGGCUGGGGAUUUGAGAAGAACAUCAAGAAGGAUGAAAGACGAAAAAUCAUCCAACAGCUCGGCUCGGAGGUACACAAUGCCGAAUUCGCUCCUCAAAACUUUAAGGGGCGUCAGCUUCACAAGACGAAGUUGAACCGAUGGAUGAGAAUAGAAAAAGCGACGGCUGAGAAGUCUUCGGGUAAAGAUGUCUUGCUUCAGGAAGUAUCAGCCUCCGGCAUGCCGUCUCACGUAAGGGACGAAGACCCAGAAGCCCCAAGGCCAACACAAAUAUCCAUCCAUGAAGAGCAAGUCGCUUUCGAAGAACAAGUUGAGGAACUAGAUGCAGCGCGAUCUCUUGACUAUAAAGAAUAUGAGUUCGACCCGAAUUCCCUUGAUGUCGUGGGAUCUCCUCGCCUCACUAGGUUGUUCGGAUUUUUAACUAUUGAAGAGUGUGAUGAUAUCGAUGACCUAGACUUGGCCGGAGGUGAUCUGGAGAUGGGAGAUAUCUGGAGCCAAGAUUUACUGGAUGUUUGCAGCCGAUCCGACAGACAUGGUGAGGAGGAAGACGCAUUAGAGAAUGAACUGUCGACCCCGACGUCGGGAAUCCCAGGGACCAGUCUGCCAGGGACCCUGAAGACUUCUCGAAUCAUUGGAAGCCUGGAGGAAUGGACGAAAAAGUGGUUUCAAUACGAGGUAUACCCGUUUCCUACCUCACAAAGCUGUGCAAGAUUCCGAUAUGACUUCUCUGGAAUAAUGUUUUCUUCGAGGGGCUCAUCCCAGCCCAAAAUGUCCCCAUCGCAGUGCAAAAAAAAGUUUCAGGCACUGAAAUCACUGGAACACGUCGGAAUUAUCCAUUUAAUGGAAGCUAUGGCUGCCGUAGCGCUUGAACUAUAUCAAGAUAGCCAUUACGUUGAAGCAGAAUUUUGGUUCCGUCGAAUCGUGACCACAAAACAAGUCAAACAACUCAUAGCAUGGCACAACCCUCAAAAAACUUUAUUGAUAUGUGUUUUUAUUAUCAAUUGUAUGGUCUUCCAAGGUCGAAUUAGAGAAGCUCAUCAACUUCAUGAGGACUUUCAUGAUAAGGUCGAGCGGGUGCUAGGUGCUGACCACGAUGUCACCUGCUUUUCACGGGAAUUAAGGGGCGGUCUACUAAGACAAUUAGGAUUAGGAGAAGAAGAGGGGCUCUUUCGACAACAUCUCCAAAUAUGUCUAACCGCCCUUGGAACUGCACACCCAAGGACGGCUAAAGCUUUGCAGGAGCUAGGCCGCAGUUUAGCUAAGCUCAAGAGACACACGGAGUCUCAACGCCUUUUAGAGACUACAAUACAUUUCCAACUCCAGAGGGCAAAAGUUUCGGGGGAAAUUGGAAACAACAAAGUGGAUAUCUUGCGGUCCAUGACUCUUCUUGCUCAGGGACUAAGUAGAGAUAUGAAAUACGACGAAAGCGAGGCAGUACUAGACUGCGCUCAGAAAUUGCUUGGCGACGCAACUAGAACAAAAUGCGAAGCUGGUUUUGAUUAUCACUUUACCAGAGCUUGCACCUACAUGCUCCAAAAGCGGCUCGGCGAGAGUGAGAAGAUAGUUCGGAUUCUUUUGAGACACCAUGAAAAAUCAUUUUUGCCAAAUACAAGAGCGAAUUUAAUGUGGAAACUUGCGGAGAUCUUGAUGAAGACGGGUCGUGAGUCUGGAGCAGCAUAUUGGUUCAAAAAGACAUAUAUCUCGGAUGUGGAGGCUUUUGAUCCAGUACAUACCUACACCAUGGACUCCUGCUGGGAAGCCGGGUUCUGCUACGCACGGCAAGGUCGAUACGACGAAGCGAGACUAUUCUUCGGAAACGCGAUUGAAACUCUAACUUCGAGUCCCGCGGGUGACAAUUCUCGCCUGGAAUGUAUUCAAGAAAUCAAAACCUGGAUGUUGGAAGUUGAAGAGAUGAGAGCGGAGGACCUAAUGCCAAGGGAUUCGGUGGCAGAGGGUUCAGAGAGGAUGGAUUUGGAUAUUGACAGCGACGAUUACUGGAGAGCAAUUGGCGAUGUCCCUGAUCUGUGUCCCUUGCAAUAUCCUUGAGGUUGGCAGAGACGAUGAGUGAUCUUGAUAGACUGUAAGGAGUGGUAGAUUGGUAGUG